GUAGAGAGGCGGUGCCUUGCCUGGCCGAGCGCCAUUGGGCCAAUCGCUGGGUGGGCUGGCCACAAUAUCUGAAAUUCUCAUUGGUAAUGCAAGUAUAGGUCCCGCCUUCUCUUAAUUUCUAUUUCCCAUUGGGCGACGCUAAGGAACAUGGGAAGGGGGCGUUCUGGGAAUUGUAGUCUCCUUAGGAAAGGUGCUGCUUGAUGAGUGUCGCGUGGGUCUGUACCCGAUAAGGAGAUGAGUGGGAAACGGCCGGCGGAGCCCGGCCCUGCCCGGAUAGGGAAGAAGGGAAAGAAGGAGGUGAUGGCGGAAUUUUCGAACGCUGUUACGGAGGAAGCUUUGAAAAAGCAAGUGGCUGAGACCUGGAGCCGCAGGACGCCGUUUAGUCACGAAGCCAUUGUCGUGGACGUGAACCCCUUUCUACACUGUGUGAUUCCAGACUUCAUCCAAAGCCAAGAUUUCUUGGAAGGACUUCAGAAGGAACUUUUGAACUUAGACUUCCAUGAAAAAUAUAAUGAUUUAUAUAAGUUCCAGCAGUCUGAUGAUUUACAGAAGAGAAGAGAGCCUCACAUCACUGCUUUAAGGAAAGUUCUAUUUGAAGAUUUCAGGGCCUGGCUUUCUGACAUUUCUAAUAUUGACCUGGACUCAACCAUUGAUAUGUCCUGUGCAAAGUAUGAAUUCACAGAUGCCCUGCUCUGCCAUGAUGAUGAGCUGGAAGGGCGCCGGAUCGCCUUCAUUCUCUACCUGGUUCCUCCCUGGGACAGGAGCUUGGGGGGCACCCUGGACCUGUACAGCGUUGAUGAGCACUUUCAGCCGAAGCAGAUUGUCAAGUCUCUUAUCCCUUCAUGGAACACACUGGUUUUCUUUGAAGUGUCUCCAGUAUCCUUUCACCAGGUGUCUGAAGUCCUGUCAGAAGAAAAAUUACGUUUGUCUAUAAGUGGCUGGUUUCAUGGCCCUUCAUUGACCAGGCCUCCCAACUACUGUGAACCCCUCAUACCCCGGAGCCCUCACAUCCCUCAAGAUCAUGAAAUUUUGUAUGAAUGGAUCAACCCUAUUUAUCUGGACAUGGAUUACCAAAUUCAGAUUCAAGAAGAGUUUGAAGAAAGAUCUGAAAUUCUCCUAAAGGAGUUUCUUAAGCCUGAGAAAUUUGCAGACAUCUGUGACGCUUUGGAGAAAGGAAAUGUGGAAUGGAGCAGCCGAGGUCCUCCUAACAAAAGGUUUUAUGAGAAAGCUGAGGAGAAUAAGCUUCCCGAUGUACUGAAAGACUGCAUGGAGUUAUUUCGCUCCGAAGCACUGUUCUUGCUGCUCUCCAACUUCACAGGCCUGAAGCUUCACUUCUUGGCCCCUUCAGAAGAAGAUGAGAUUGAGGCCGAAAGAGAGGGAGAAGCAGCAUCUGCUGCUGAGAGCACUGAAGAAGGGACCAGCCAUAGCUCCUCAGAGUCAGAGAAUAAUCUGGCCGCCGUCAGCAACACCAGCCAAGAGAGCGAUGACCAGACAGACUCGGAGCCAGAGGGAAGCGAAAUAAAGAAAGAAUCGAAUGUUCCCACAUGCCAUGGGGAACUGAGACGUUGGAAGACUGGUCACUACACUCUAAUCCAUGACAACAGCACAACUGAAUUUGCCCUGGACUUACUUCUCUACUGUGGCUGUGAAGGCUGGGAGCCAGGAUAUGGUGGCUUCACUUCCUACAUUGCCAAAGGUGAAGAUGAAGAGCUGCUAACAGUGAAUCCGGAAAACAAUUCUUUGGCAUUGGUCUACAGAGAUAGAGAGACUCUGAAAUUUGUCAAGUAUAUUAACCACCGAAGCUUAGAACAACAGAAAACCUUCCCACACAGAACAGGUUUCUGGGACUUUUCGUUCAUCUAUUAUGAAUGACAGGGCUGGACAAAGCUGAACAAAGAAGUAACCUUUCGUCAGUACUGGGAAGCCUUGGAAGCGCUAGCCAUGGAGUGAAGGAGAGCUACCUAGUCAUCUGUCUCACAGUGUUCUUCAAACUGUUUUGGUUGUCCUUUAAUAGGACUCAUAAGGAUUGUCCUCAACCUAGACCUUGAGCUUGAAGCCAGGUAUUUAUUUAUUGAUUAAAAAAAAAGGUUUUAUUGUUAACAUUCAGUUCUCCAUUUUCUAUAUUGACUUCUUCAGUGACUUUUAUUUAAUUUUGGUGAUUUUUUUUU